AACUUACUGCCAUUUUCCCGCCGCCCAUUUCUUCAGUUCGUCUUUCCGUCGCAACUACACUCAUCCUCUCAUCUUUCUCUGUUUCUCUAACAUUGUAACGUUAACUAUGCCUUCGUUUCCACAGCCUGGUUCUGUCACUAUCUGUGAAAUCAACAGAGAUCUAAUUGCAGCUGAGAGUCUCUCAGAUGAUCAAGCCAAGGAAAUUUAUGGAAAAAUUCUGGGAAUGGUUUUUAGCCCAAUUCAAUUUCAAACUUAUCAACCGGCAGUCCCUAUUGAGGAGCAGGAAACACAAGGGCAAGGAAGACCCAGUGGAGAGAGUACUGAGAAGAAUGGUUUAUUGAAAGCCAUUCAGGUUUUUGCUAAUAAUUCAAUCAAAAGCAUUUUUCAUCCCAAUUAUGUAAACUUGUUGCCGGAGGUUGACUUUAAAGGGGUGAGCUGGCACCAACAUAAACAUAUUAUUGCAUUUAUCGCUGGUCCAAAUCAGGUUAUAAUUCGUGAUUAUGAAGAUUCAGCAGAAGGGAAAGAUGCUUCUGUCUUGACUUGUGAGUCCCAAAGAGACAUUAAAGUCCUUGAAUGGAGGCCAAAUGGUGGAAAAUCACUUUCUGUAGGAUGCAAGGGUGGAGUUUGCAUUUGGACUGCAUCAUAUCCUGGAAAUGUGGCAUCUGUAAGAUCUGGCACUGCUUCAUACUUGGGUACUCUUUCUAGAAGCACUGGAACUCGGUGGACUCUGGUGGAUUUUCUCCGAAGUCAUAAUGAUGAACAAAUAAGUGCACUUUCUUGGAGUCCUGAUGGAAGGUACUUGGCAUCUGCGUCAUAUGAAAGCUCGUCAUUCACCAUAUGGGAUGUCGCACAAGGAGUUGGAACGCCCAUCAGACGGGGUUUGGGGGGCAUAUCAAUGCUCAAAUGGUCACCAACAGGAGAUUACUUUUUCGCUGCAAAAUUUGAUGGAACAUUUUACCUUUGGGAGACAAACACAUGGACAUCUGAACCAUGGUCUUCAACUAGUGGGUUUGUCACGGGAGCAACAUGGGAUCCAGAUGGGCGUGUGGUACUGCUCGCUUUCUCUGGGUCUGCAACAUUGGGUUCUAUUCACUUUGCAUCAAAGCCUCCAUCUUUAGAUGCACACCUGUUACCAGUUGAUUUGCCAGAGAUAAUAUCCUUGACAGGAAGUCAGGGAAUUGACAAGAUAGCCUGGGAUGCUUCAGGUGAAAGGUUAGCAGUAUCUUAUAAAGGAGGGGAUGAUGUUUACAAGGGUCUCAUUGCUGUAUAUGAUGCUAGAAGGACUCCGCUGAUUUCUGCAUCAUUAAUUGGGUUUAUUAGAGGGCCUGGAGACAAUCCAAAGCCAAUUUCAUUUUCAUAUCAUGACAAGUUCAAACAGGGACCAUUGCUUUCUGUUUGUUGGAGCAGUGGAUUUUGCUGUACCUACCCUCUCAUAUUUCAUUCCCCCAGUCUUUCCUAGUUAAGGUGAGUCUUCUACAGCAAAAAGUAAUGCGCCUUCUGGUUAAUACUCGAAAAACAGAAAAAUAUUCAAACUUCUAUUGCUAGACUUUAAUUUUAGUAGUAUUUGCAAAUUUCAGUAAAGAAACUUGUUGGAGCUUCUGAGCCUUCAAAAUUUUAUAAUAUUAAAUUCACAUAAUCAUCCUGCUA